AUGGGUCUCGGUAGUGUUUUGCUGCUAGGCCCUAUGGCCUGGAUGUUGGUCGUCUGUGCUUACCGCCUGUAUCUUCACCCGCUGUCCCAGUAUCCCGGUCCGUGGUUGGCGAGGGUGACGAGGUGGUAUUCUGCCUACCACUCUUGGAAGGGAGACAUACACGUGGACAUGGCAAGAUGCCAUGAGAAGUACGGACGGGUUGUGCGGUAUGCGCCGGAUCGUCUCUUAUUCGACUCCGUGCAGAGCGUCCACGAUAUCUAUGGACAUUCAAGCAAUGCCAUUAAAGCGAAGUCAUACUCUGCGCUGUUGCACGGAGCGCCAAAUAUCCUCACGGCUCGUGACAAGAAGCAACAUGGCAAGCGCAAGCGCAUCAUCAGCCAGGGCCUAUCUGAUAGCAAGAUGAGGGCUCUGGAGCCGAAAAUCCUCAACCAGAUCAAAAUUUUCUGCGACGUGCUAUACGGUACCCCCGGGGCAGCGACAACUGCAGGGCAGACUUCCGCGGCUGCUUGGGGUUCGCUGAGGAACAUGUCGAAAUUCUGUGACUACCUGGCAAUGGACAUCAUGGCAUCCAUCAUCUUCAGCAGCAAGUACGACGCUCUCAGCCACGAGGAAUACCGCUGGGUGCCGGAUACCAUCUCCGAGUCCAACGUCCGCGUCGGCGUGCUCUUCCAGAUCCCCGAGUGGAAGGGCUUCCUCAAGCUGGACAAGACCUUCUUCCCCAGCUCCAUCAAAGCGCGCAACCGUUUCAUUGGUUUCAUCACAAAGGUUCUUAGCACCCGCCUCAGCCUAGGCAAACGCGAAAAAUGCGAAGACAUCUUUUCGUCAUUGGCGGAUGCGAGGGAUGACGCCGGAGAGGGGCUCACGUUGCAGGAGCUUCAGGCUGAAGCUGCUACCUUGAUUGUUGCUGGCUCCGAUACCACAUCCACUGCUCUGGCCUGCUUGUUCUUCUAUCUCAGUCGCUGUCCCGAUCUCUAUCAGCAGGCCGCCGCCGAAGUCAGAGGAACAUUCAACGACUCUAGAGAGAUCUGCACUGGUCCAAAGUUGAACAGCUGUGUCUUCCUACGCGCUUGCGUCGACGAGGCCCUCCGCAUCGUUCCCCCGGCAGGCAGUGCCCUAUGGCGUGAAGUCCUACCGGGAGGCAUCACAGUCGACGGCCACCACGUCCCGGCCGGGUACGACGUCGGCGUCGGCCUCUACGCUAUCCACCACAAUCCGUCCUAUUUCCCCGAGCCUGAAAAGUUCCGACCCUCUCGUUUUCUGGGAGAGGCCACCCUUUCACACAUGGCCACCGCUCAGGGGAAAUCACCAAAGUCGGCCUAUGCGCCCUUCUCGCUCGGCUCGCGGAGCUGUCUGGGAAAGGGACUCGCUUUGACGGAGCUGAUGCUUACAAUGGCCAUGGUUUUGUAUUUCCUUGACUUUGAGACCGUCGAGAAUCAAGAUUGCCCGGAGAGCUUCGAGGUUCGUGACCAUGUCACGGCUGUAAAGGAUGGGCCUAUGCUGCAGUUCAGACCAGCUAUACGUGAGAAACUGAUGGCUUAG